CAACCAAAACAAAAUCGUGCCAAAUCAAAUCCGCACUGUGUUUAUUCGGAAAGUUUUCAUUAGUUUUACCAAAAUAUUAAUAUUUCAUCUCCAGUGCAAUUGAUAAUCCACCAAAAUGGGUCGCCGGUCGAUCAACACGACCAAAAGCGGUAAAUACAUGAAUCCUACGGAUCAGGCCCGCAAGGAAGCUCGCAAGAAAGAACUGAAGAAAAACAAAAAGCAACGGCAGAUGGUUCGAGCUGCCGUCCUGAAGGGCAAGGAUCCGGCUCAAUUGAUUGAAGAAAUGGAGAAAAUUGACGAGAUGGAGUUCAAUGUUUACCAGCCGUCUCCUUUGAAUGAGAAAGUUCUAAAGGAAAAGCGUAAGAAACUAAAGGAAACACUAGAUCGGGUAAUGCGGCUUUAUCAAGUUGACGAUCCGGACUUGUGGGCAGAACUGAAAAGAAAAGAAGUCGAUUACGAAAAACGACGUAAUAAGAGAAUUCAAUAUUACGAAAGCGUGCGGCACGCCGAGCAAGUUCAGGUGGAUGAUAUUCCGCUUCCAUCGAUGAAUGAAACCCCAACGCCUUUAUCGAUUCCGCGAAUUCCUAUUCCGCCUAUUAUACCCACAAUUGUUCCUUCGGUGAAGCCUGCUCCACCGCCUAUAUUGAAAAAGCCCGUAGAGAAUCCUAUAGAACCAUCAGAGCCUGUAGACGAUGACGACGAUAUCCCAGGAUGUCCCCCUGGCCCAGCUCCUGAUUUAUUCGCCAUGCCUGAGCUUGAUUUCGAUCUGGAAGAGUUUCACAAUGAAACCCAAAAGAGCGUCAAGUUCUUUGACGAUGCCGACUCUCGGGAUAACUCCGACGAUUCUGAUGUGGAAAAACCGAAACAGCCUAGUUCUGUUCAGCAAAAGAUGCUGGCUAUUUCCGGUCAAAAUUUAGACGAGUUCAUGAAAGAGAUGGAAAAUGUUCAAAAGAAGAAGGAUCAACCAGAAACAUCGGUCAGCGCAAUACCGAUCCCGCCCAAACCGGUAAUUGCUCUACCGAAUCCGGCUCCGCAUCCAUCAGAUCCGACUGUGAAAUACGUCCCAAUGCCUUCGAUUCCCAUGCCGGGUCCAGGACCGAUGCAGCCAGCCCUAAUGAUUCGACCUCCUCCUCUACGCCCGGGAAUUCCCGGCAUGCCAGGACUUCGAAUGCCUCCACGGCCUCCUCCGGGAAUAGCGCCCCGAAUGGGUAUUCGCAUGCCACCGGGACCUCCUACUGGCCCCCCACCCAAGCACAUCCAACAGCAGCACAUGCGAAACAUGAUGCAGCAACAAAAGGACCCGAAGAGCGCCACAAUUUCGGCCAAACCGCAAAUUCGAAACCUCAGUGCCGACGUUACCCGGUUCGUGCCCAGCGCUCUGCGUGCCAAGAAGGAUGAAACUACCAAACGACCGGCCCAGGCUGGACGCGCAGACGUGGGUCCCCACCAUCACCACCACCACAUGCAGCCGCAUCAUUCUCAUCAUCAGCUGCAGCAGCAGCAUCAUCACCCCCAUCAACAGCAUUUCCAGCAACCACCUGGAAGGUCCGGUGGUCCAGGGGCUCCCGCGCACCCUAACAAACCGAGCAAGGAUGACGCCUACAUGCAGUUUAUGAGGGAAAUGCAGGGUUUGCUUUAGGACCUAUGCAGCGAAUAAUUGGCAGUGUUUUAGUUGUUAAGAACGUUUGAUUACUCCCAACGUAGAAGUAUUUCAAAAUAAAUAUGACUAUAGAAAUGUCUAAAAGUA